AUGCUGCCGCGGGCCGCAGUGCUGUCGCUGGACGCCUCGGCGGGCCCUGGGCGCCCCUCGCAGCUGCCCAUCGGCACGGAGGAGGAGCAGCCGCCCCGGGGCCCGGAGCCGCGCGGCCGGGCCAUGGAGAGCCUGCCGCCGCGGGAGGAGGCGGUGGGGCCGGCCGGUGAGGCCUCGGAAGAACCCGAGAGCGGCAGCCGGCGCUGGGGAGCGCAGCACGCCGGGGCCCGCGAGUUGGCCGAGCUCUAUUCGCCAGGAAAAAGACUACAGGAGUGGAUCUCUGUCAUCUUAUGCUUCUCUCUGAUCUGUUUCAACUUUUACAAUCUUCUCUUCUACUUGCGACUUGAACACACGCCCUCCAUUAUUGUUGGGAUAUAUGCAGCUGAACUGUUCCCCUGCAGUGAGACAUCACUUAGUGGAACAGCCUUGGACACUUCACUGAAGCUGAAUAAUUCCAGGGGACAAGGCUGGCUUAUGUGUUAUUUGUGUGUUGCAGGUGUAAUUACAGCAGACUUUCUAUCAGGAUUAUUUCACUGGGGGGCAGACACCUGGGGAUCUGUGGAGCUACCCAUUGUUGGAAAGGCUUUCAUCAGACCCUUUAGAGAACAUCAUAUUGACCCUACAGCAAUUACCAGGCAUGAUUUCAUAGAGACCAACGGAGACAACUGCUUCAUGACGUUGGUCCCAUUGGCAAACAUGGCAUACAAAUUUGUUUCCUUUUCCCCAGAAGCACUGUAUGAAACAUGUCCUUGGGAGUGCUAUGUCUUUGCCCUUAUCAUCUUCAUAACCAUGACGAACCAGAUUCACAAGUGGUCUCACACGUAUUUUGGUCUUCCACGCUGGGUCAUCUUUCUACAGGACUGGCAUGUUAUCCUGCCUCGGAAACAUCACAGGAUUCACCAUGUGUCUCCACAUGAGACAUACUUCUGCAUUACAACUGGUUGGCUGAACUAUCCAUUAGAGAAGAUUGGAUUCUGGAGGUGUUUGGAGAACAUGAUCCAAGGACUUACUGGGGAGAAGCCAAGAGCAGAUGACAUGAAAUGGGCUCAGAAAAUUAAAUAACUUUUGCCAGCCGUCUGCAGUCCUUACCUUUGUUGCCAAUUUUUUUUUUUUAAAGAAGCCAUCAGCCAAAUUCAAGACCUGCAAAGAAAUAACAGACUCUAAAGCACAAACUAAGAAGUGCUAACAGACUGUAAUUUAAAGAACUAAUUCUUAAAACAAUACUUGAAGAUGAUUACUUUUACUGAGCACCUUUUGUUUAGCCAAGUCGCUUACAUCCUAGAAAGUACUUCAUCACUGUAUUUUGUAAAGCUGUCAGGCAAGCCAGAAGGCAGGACAGUUACUUCAUUGGUACGUGGUGGCUUUGUAAACGUGUUGUAUCAACAUUAUUUAACACUUCAAAAAUAGCUUGUUGCCUAAGACCUCUGGGGGGAAUGGUGACCACAGUUUGUCACUUCAUGUUUGAGUCCAAAUAACACUGCAUGAAAACAGUGUGGCAGUACUGGAAGCCUAUAAAAUUGUCACUGUUCAAUGCACUCUUUGUUUGGUAAACUUGCAGCUCCAUCUUUGCUAUCAUGUUGAAUCUAACUGAUGUAAUGUGGAACAGAACUUUGAGAAUCCCACUCCACCAGUGGAUCAUGAAUCCUUAAGUGUCCUCAGUUUCCCUUAACAUAAAAUUGUUCUACUCUCUACAUGAAAUCGGGCAAACCGUUUCUGUAUAAGCCUUCAGUUGUACCUUAACAACUGCCUGAGGAGAGGGAGGGCACAGCACAUGCUUGCAUUUGUUUGUGUGGAGUGCUCACUGCUGAGCCUUCUAUUAAGUGUUUCCUACCCUGACAAUAAAUGUUUGAAAUAGUUAUAGCAUUGGGCACAUUGCAAAUAGCUGUAUUCGAGAGCUCAAGGUAUCAAACUUGUAAUGUUAGAAGGGAAACGUCAAUGACUGAUGUUUUGUUCAUAUUUUUUUUAAGGUGCUUGCUUGUUUCUGUAAAUAAUAUAAAGCCUUAAUCUCUUCUGGUGUAACGGAAUAAUAUUUUAAUGUGAUGUUUGAAUGUAUAUAAUAUAUUUAUAACAGAGCAACUGGAUAAUACUGAUCACAUUUGUUA